UCUACUGUAUAUCACAGCUCAUUCAACCAGCUAUCGACUCCAGAAACCAAAACAAGUACAGAAAAAUGACAAUCUUCCGUACUCCCGUUUUUUAUAUGGUGUCUUUGCCAUGUUUUAUGUAGUUCGUUGUAUUAUUAAGCACCGAGUUCGAAUUCUUAAAUAAUAUUAGUCCAAAUGAGCUGCAUCUUUUUUUAUACUUUUGCAUGGGGUACUUUUUCAAAUAGUCAUACGCACUUAGAUUUUGGUCCGGGUCUUGCUCCAAUCCUGGCUCCGACACUUUUUCCGUUGCCCUAAAUUGGCAUGGUUUGGUUUCUUUCUGUUAGAUCUCUUGGCUCCUUCUAGAGAUAUACAGUAGUAGAUAGGUUAUGUUAAGAUUUGGUACCCAAUUCGGUCUCUGGCCAACUUGGUUUGCAUUUGCUUGUAUAUACCCAUAGGUUCAAGCAAUACAUGUAGAAGUAUUUUUGUCAUUAACUUUUGAACUUGUUUUCAGUUCUGAUAAAUUUGGAGUGGUCUGUCCUUGUUCAUGUCGUUGCAAUAAACUGGACGGGGGAAAAGAUAAAAUGAACUUGCAUCUAUCAUCUGUGUCAAAAGAGGAUUUAUGUCUGGGUCUAGAUGGACUGAACAUUGAACUUGUAGGCCGGACACCAUUUGUCCCUCCCACGGUCCCACCUCCCCAUGGCGCCCUCAUCAUCACCGCUGCCGGGCCGUCUCGUCAUACUCUACGCAUCGCAAACCGGCAACGCCAUAGAUGCUGCUGAACGUGUAGGCCGAGAGGCUGAGCAUGGGGGCUGCCCAGCUGUCGACGUUCUCUCCAUGGAUAGCUUUAAUCCCAGUUGUUUGCCUGACGAAAGGUUUAUGAUCUUCAUUGUGUCUACCACGGGGCAGGGAGAUCCCCCAGAUUCCAUGAAGAAUUUUUGGAAAUACCUUCUGAGAAAUCAUCUGGGUGCGCGAUGGCUGAAAGGAUUGCAUUAUGCCAUGUUUGGGCUCGGCGACUCAAGCUAUAGGGAGUACAAUGUGGGUUUUCCUGCAAUCAAGCUCGAUCAAAGGCUUUUUGAUCUUGGUGCCAAACGAAUCACAGAGAGAGGCUUGGGAGAUGAUCAACAUUCUUUGGGAUACGAAGGAGAACUAGAUCCAUCGUUGUUAUCUUUGUGGAAAUCCCUGAAUCGAACAAAUCCAUCACUGCUACCAAGAGUAUCUGACGCCAGUCAUCGUAAAUUGAAUAUUUUGGGGGAUGCAAAGGUAGAAGUCAUCUAUUACUCGGCUCGGCAAGCUACUGAUAUUUCAGACUCCAAGAUAUUAAUUGAGAAAGCACGCUCAAUGUCCCCUGCUCUAAAGUGCCAUAAUAGCAGAGAGCCACAACACAUGUUACAAAUGGUAACAAAUCAGCGUUUGACAAAGGGAGACACUGACAGAGAUGUCCGCCACUUUGAAUUGGAAGAUCGGCGUUCUGCCAUCAGUUAUCAAGUUGGUGAUGUUCUAGAAAUUUUACCAAGUCAGAAUCCAUCACUUGUUGAUGAUUUCAUUAAGCGCUGUAACUUGGAUCCCGAUUGUUACAUUACGGUUCGAACAAAGGAUGGGGACAAAGUUCCUAAAGAUCCCAUCAAGCUAAAGACCUUUGUUGCUUUGACAAUGGAUGUCACAUCAGCUUCUCCAAGGCGAUAUUUCUUCGAGGUCAUGAGCUAUUUUGCAACAGAUGAACGUGAAAAAGCAAAACUUCAGGAUUAUACUUCUCCUGAAGGAAGGGGCGACCUUUCCUGGUACAAUCAAAAUGAGAACCGGACUGUUCUAGAAGUAUUGGUGGAUUUCCCCUCGGUGCAAAUGCCUUUUGAAUGGCUGGUGCAACUGACGCCUCCGUUGAAGAAAAGAGCCUUUUCCAUAUCGUCGUCCCCCUUAGUCUACCCAAAUCAGAUACACUUGACUGUUAGUGGAGUAUCAUGGCUUACUCCUUGGAAGAGGACGCAGCAUGGUCUCUGCUCCACAUGGCUAACGGGGCUCAGUCCAGAUGAAGACGAUCAUCUUAUACCAUGUUGGAUGCGCCGAGGAUCGCUGCCUCGCCCACGGCCCUCGGUUCCUCUCCUGCUCAUCGGGCCGGGAACAGGGUGCGCGCCGUUCCGCGCAUUCGUGGAGGAAAGGGCCGCACAGAGCGCGGCGGAUCCAACUACUGCUCCUGUGAUGUUCUUCUUCGGCUGUAGAAACGAAGACAUCGAUUUCCUGUACAAGGACUUCUGGCUGAAACACGCCCAGGGGCAAGGAGGGGUGCUGUCCCACGAAAAGUGCGGCGGUUUCUUCGCCGCCUUCUCUCGGGAUCAGCCUCGGAAGGUCUACGUGCAGGACAAGAUAAAGGAGCAGGGGGCGAGAGUCCUGGACAUGCUGUGCUCCAAAUCGUCUAAGGCUGCGAUAUACGUCGCCGGGUCUUCAACCGGAAUGCCCGCCGAUGUUACGGUGGCGUUGGAGGAAGUUCUGUGUCAAGAGGGCGGUGUUCCGCGGGAGGAUGCUUCGGGGUGGCUGAAGGAUCUGAAGAGGGCUGGUAGGUUUAUCGUUGAGACCUGGUCGUAA